CGCCUGCCAGUGACAACAACGACCGCGAUGCAAGAACGGCUGCGCGGAAGCGUGAAAGGCAAGAGCGAAGGCGAAUCAAGGCAGCGACGAAAAUCCAGGCCUACGUGCGCAUGUUUCUAGUUUUGAACCGUGCGAGGAGGAAGAAGACAGACGCCAUCAACGUAAUCAAAAGUCGUUUUCGAACGCGAAGUGUCAUGUGGCUUUUACAUCGCUUGCUUUACAACUACUCUGCGACAGUCGUCCAGAAGCGAUUUAGAGGCGGGAAAGGACGUGCAAGAGCAGCGAAACUCCGGAAAGAGUUUGAGGAUCGACGAUUAGCGAAGAUAACGCAUGAUAUGGAGUCAACGGAGCGGGUGCUAGAGAUGAUAACGAAACUACAACAAUUAGACGACGCUUUAGACUUCAACGAAGCAAACAAGGGCUUGAACUCGAAUUUGGAGAAUGAAGAAGGACUCGAACAAGUACUCGAUGGUCGUCAAAAUUCUAGAAAUAUUGCCGGAGGCAACAACACUAGCGCAAGUAUGUGCAUGACACCUGUAGUUUCUUCAACAUCAACUGGGUCACCGACUACCACGACAGCAGGCACGAUGCGAGCACUACAUAUGGCCUCGCCUUCGGCUGUGGUUGAGGUGCUUUCGUCACCGUUAGAGCCGUGCGAUUCGCGCAGUCUCUUAAAACUACAAAGAGCCAAUAGCAAAGGCUCUUUGCCAGAUGGACAAGGAGGAAAGAUGGUCUUAGUUCCGUCGUCUAGUUCGGGAGUUCCUGGUAGUAGCGAAACACCCAAAGCUGCCAUAGGUCUAGGAAAGCGUGGACGUACCAUGGUUUUAGCGGGCAAGACAGCGGAGAUGCGGAGGAAAGAGCGAGCACUUUUUGAUGAAGCAGUGGCUGCGAGAACCAGGUUGUUGGAGACCCAAUUAGCUGAGGAGUUCGCUACGGAAAGCGAAAAACUUGCGAAGAAGUACGCAGCACGAAAAAAUCGCCUCACCAGUCCUGGUGAGGAAGCUUCCACGAGGGGAUCAGACCUUGACCAAUGGUUCGAACAGCAAAGCGCCAUACUAGACACGGAGUUUCAGCCAGUGCGGGAGUACAGAUUAGCCCGAGUCACGCAGCGAGGAGCAAGAUUAAGGGCAAUGCACGACUUAGCAGAUGCUUUUGUCGGCGUCCCUCUCGACGGGAACAAAGAUAUCGAGGUCAAAAACGUCGCUGUGAUCCGCAAACUGAGAAGAGAGUUGCUUGAUAGCACUGAUCUGGUCCUCGAUGAAAAUACCGUAGAGAAAGGAGCUUUGCCACCGUUCUUGUCCUACGUCGCGGAGUGGGUUUCCUCCUUGACCCUGGAGGGCGAGUGGCCAGCUACGAUGGGCACGAGGCAGCAACGCAACAGCCUGUUUUUGCAGAGGAUGGCGUCGUUGUUGGUGGCCCUGAAGAGGCGCUUAGAUUCUGUCAAAGAGAAGAAACUCGCUGAGGAAGCCCUAGCUGAAACGCACGCAUGGGACGAGGACUUCGUAGCUACGAUGACAAAGCAGGAGCGGAGGGAUCGAGCUGCGUUCUUGGCUCAGCAGCUGUUUCAGAAACAAGCGAAGAUAGACAAAGACUUCGAAGACCAAAGGACGAAGAGAUCGCAGAAGACGGAAAUCGAGCUCCGGAAUCUGUACAACGAGCAGAUGGCGAGACUGCGCGGCUUGUUUGGUUUUCACUUGGAGAGAUUUCGAGAUACACUGUCACGUCUGGAAAAUCGAGUCGCGGACAUGGAAAAGACGGGCGCAGGAGAAGCAGCGGAGAAGAGGAAAGAGAUAUUAUGUUGACCACGGCUACUUUUUUAUGAUUCAGUUCGGUAUGAUCCCUUUCACGUAGCGCCAGCUGGUACUCUUUUCACUUGCAGCUGGUGCCAUUGAUGUUCUACCACACUUACUUACUUGAUAUUCAUGUACAGGGCUAGUAGUAAGUUCGUUGUUGUACUUCUCUUCACCCUUUCUAAUCUCUGCCGAGAAAGUGACCACUCUACAAAGCGACAUGGAGCGGAAGCAGGGGGUUAAUCGGGACAUCGCCAAUUGCGCAAUUCUGAUCCAAAUUGAAAAGGAGAGAUUGGAGGGCAUUCUUUUGGGACCACAUGGAGGUGCAGCUGGAGGUGGUGGAGCGUCGUUAUGUUGUAGUCUGACUGUCAAUUCCUGUUGGUAAGUGUAUCCUCGUCACAAAUAAGUACUUACAAGAACACAAGAAGAGCACUCUUCUGUCCAUUACGAGAACAAAGGCUUUGAUGUUCUAACUUCCAACUCUAGCACAACCGUGGCGCCAAGCACUGCCGCAGAACGUGACUUGGCGAUUUUCAAGGGCCUAAGGGUUGCCAGAUGUGUGAAAAAGAAGCUGAAAGAGCUCGAUGUCGAUCGUAACGCGAAAGAAAAAGUAAGUAUCUUGACCUACAGUUUGCGCAUGAUUGAGGCCCGUCUCCAGAGCAAGCUCUCGGCAAAGAACAAGCGUGACCCAGAGGAAGGCAAAGAGGAGGCUGAAGUGACAUAUGAGGGCCUGCUUCGCGAUGCAGAUAGAGGCGACAAGAAUACACUGAGCAAAGAAAUCGAGAAGAAGAGGAAAGAUUGGGCACAGAAGGAGGAAGACUUCAAUUAAGGGUAGUUUAUCACUAUCCCGUCGUGUGGACUAUGCUGAGUGGGUUCCCCUUAGAAUUCAACGAGCGAAACAAGGCCAAGAACCCACUGAACCACGGCUAGUGAAAAACUAGCGCUAAUUCAAGGCGAGGGUAGAGCGGGAGAAGACUAGACUACGAGAAAGGGAAGAACGACAAUUGAGGAGACGCAUGCGACAAGUGUUGAACGCACAGCGGACGCAGAUCGACAGGGUGUUUCGACCGAAGUUCAAAAUCUUCGAAAAUCUGCCCUCGGUGUGGCGGGAGAAGAUAGUACUGAUACUAGAAGUCUCUGUAGCUUUGUCCCGCUCUUUCUGAUGUAGGUUAGUUGGCCUUGUCCUGCUCUUUCUGAUCAUGGAAGUAGGAGGAGCUUAUAUAUAAAAACUGGUUCUUUUUACUACCUUCAACCAAAUGGAAAAGGAGUGGAAUCCAAUUCCAUAGUCACAAUCAUCACCACACGCCAUCAAGUCGCCAUCAAGUCCCACUCCAGGCCAAAACAGCGGAGCCCCUUCGCUUAGUUAGGUUGGGAAAAGAAGUGGGAGACGUUCUGGUGAUCGAGGUAAACCGCUUUCUGAGCAGACGGCAUCACGAGUAUAUGAAAGAAAGCAAAGCCCUAGAGGAGAUGGGGGCAGCACUCACACUGGAAAUCCAAAGAUGUAACCGCUUCGAUUUGGGGACAAGUGUUUUUAGGUACUUGUGAUUCUUGAGUUUGAAGAGAGAGUUGUAGGGUCUGUUUUUUUAGGUACUCUUCCCGCUCCAAAGAACCUUCUGAUCCAACACACGUGCUCUUCACCCUUCCCUAGUGAAAGCGAGUGGACUCGCGAGGCGUACGGUGGACUUACAUCCGAACUAGAGGCUUGGACAAGCGGAGUGGCGAAAUACAAACGCGUGUUGGACGAAAAGCUAGAAAUCGAGGAGGACCCAGAGGACGAUAUCGAUGUGGAGAGUCGGAGAGGAAGUGUGCGUAAGAAUCUCUUUUUAGAAGUCUUACUCUUUUUCAGAUUUUUUGACUUUGUUCUACGUAUUUGAUUUUGGAUUUUGAUGAUGGGAGCUUGAUUCCUGUAGGCUCAUAGUUUGUCACGAUCUUGUUGAAGAGACGAUCGUCAUCGUUGAAGAACACGAUCUCAGAUUGUCUUCAUCAAAAAGUUAUAUCUUCAUCGUUGAAGAACACGAUCUCAAUGAGAAACUGUCUUCAUCAAAGUCUUCUAGAUCAUCUUCGACAAAUAAACAGGUCUUGACAGCGCAGUGAAUACCUCAAUGGAGGUUCAGUCUGAUAGUGACGGGGAUCAAAUAGACACUCCUCGAGCCGGUCCAGGCCGCUCAAUAGCACACCAUUCUACUGGCGGCAAACUUCUCUCUGUGCCGAAAACUGGAAUUAAGACUUCAAGAUGCAAGUUGAUCUCUCUCUCUCUGUUGAGCAUAUCUGUAUGACUUAUCGAGGAAGCAUCUAUAUUUAUAAGGAAGUCCUCAUACAAAUACAAUGAAAGAUAUACGCGAAGAUAGAUUGGUAGGUCAAUGACUUUUUGUGAGCUCUAAUGCAGGAGAGAGCGCGAAACACCACUCGUCUUCUGGUAAAUCUCCAUCCUCCCAACAAGCUAGUCCCGAUCCCAGGAAGCGAGGUGGAGGUGGGAGACGAUCUUCUUCAACGAAUCAUAGGAGUGGUGCUGUUACAACUGGAGGUAGUAGUGGUGUCGGUGGUCCAGGUGGCGGUCCUACUGGACAAGUAGAUACGACUAGUGGCGAUGCAGAAGUCCGCACAAAAGCUCAACUUCCGAAAUUCCCUGGCAUGUUGAAGAAAAUAGACCCAGGAACGGGACCACCGAGUGCAAGCAAAAACGACAAUCCUCCACCUAAAGGGAGGUAAGGCCUGGGGUUAGUUUUUGAAGUUGAAUCGAGUUCGAAAUGUUCUUUGACUACAUUUGAUACUUGAGGAUGAUUGAAAGACGUCAUCAAACUGUUUCAGGUUAGUUUUCGAGCAUCAAUAGGUGGUUUAAGGCAGAGGUAGAGACAUCGGUUCUUUUGUAUACGACUUCAAUCCUCUAAUCCCAAGGCGGCAACCCGCCUCCUCCACCGGUGAAGUUUGACAUGCCAGCACCGCAUCCUUUUUCCGCGUCGGGGAUGAGUAGUCAGGCGCCUCCCGAACAGACUUCGGUGGCGGCGAGACGCAAGCCGAAUUUGAUGCUAAAGGAACUGGAUCAGGGUUUGGGGGAUUUGCAGAAGUUCGUCACCGCAGCAAAAAGCAAGCAAGCUCCAGCGCCGCGGAAAGUCAUGCGACAACCUAUGCCGCAAACACCGAUGUUCAAAGCAUAAGAGACUCGUUCUUGAAGUUCAGCGGUAUGCUUUAUUUGUAAAGACUAGAAGUACGGGAGAUAUUAACAUUGACAUUCGCAUCCAUUCCUUUUUCUUAUAACGGACAACUGACAGAAGCAGCAAGCUUGGACUUGAUGAUCUGAUCACAUUUUCUAGUAUCUAUCUGUUGCGCUUAUAUUUUUCAAAUCGACGAUAGUACAAAUUCACUAUAUGUCAUCUAUCGAACAAGUUGUAAAGUAGAAUCAGAAUGAGAAUCACGACUAUCAAACGAGAAUCUUUUUUCAUCGGGAGGAAUUUUGAGUAGAAUCGAGGAGGAAACGCAAACAAGGCUUAUAGGAGAGCCAUCUAACCGUUGUAGAAGUGAGUGGUUUUACGUAGGUCAGUGGGCUUCUUUUUUUGUUUCAGUGAGUUCUUGUUUUCAUAAUUUGUAGUGUGCGUACUCUACGGAGCCAAGUAAGGUUAUAACAAUGUUUCGAUAUUUCUACAGUAUCACUUUCCAACGCACUUAUCAGUAUCUUUUGUUUCCAAUACCCUAUGCGUAAGCGUAAUCCUCUCCAAUCCAAAACGAGAAUGGAAGGGUAGACGGUUUCUUUUUUGCGUGUUAACAGUUCCAGCUGCACCACAAAUCCAUCGACUUGAGA